AUUUUUCUCAAUGUUACUGCCAAAAGGGUCGGUUUCAUCUUCAUAGCGUGAGAUUUUGCGACUUCGCUGUGACUGUGUGUGUCUAUGCAGAUAGCUAACAUCGCUUCACUUCUUGGACUUUCCGAGGCUCUCUGAUCAGUUCAAAUGAGAUGGCCUCUUCACAUAAUGUUGAGUUGGAGGCGGCAAAGUUUCUGCAUAAACUUAUUCAAGAUUCUAAAGAUGAGCCAGCUAAGCUGGCUACUAAACUCUACGUGAUACUGCAACAUAUGAAAUCAAGUGGGAAGGAACAUUCAAUGCCAUAUCAAGUGAUAUCAAGGGCAAUGGAGACUGUCAUCAACCAACAUGGUCUUGAUAUUGAAGCAUUGAAGUCAUCACGUCUUCCUUUGACUGGUGGUCCUCAAAUAGGAUCUUCUUCACAGGCAGUGGGUGUUACAAAAGAUUCCAGAGCAGGCUUAGCUGAGAAUGAGAUGUCCAAAAUGGAUGCCUUUGCUUCUGGCAGGCCACCAGUUGCCCCGAGUGGUGGAGCACCUGAUUAUUAUCAAGGAUCUGUGGCUCAGAGGAGUAGUCAGUCUUUUGAUCAAGGAAGUCCAUCUAGUUUGGAUUCUAGGUCUGCUAACUCACAGUCACAAGACAGACGUGAUACUGCCAAUUGGGACAAACAGGUGAAUCAAAAGGAUGGCAAGAAAGCUACAACAAAGAGAAAGAGGGGAGAUACAUCAUCACCUGUGGAAAUGCAUGUUGACAGUCCUUCUCAGCUGGAUACUCGCAAUAGUGGUGUUAAUGCAAGGAAGGGUAAAAUGGCCAAGGCUGAAUCAUCUGAUGGUCUUUCAGUUAAAAGUGGUGAACUGACCAACUUUAACAUGGCUCCAAAUAGUGGUCAAACUGAGAAUGUUGCAACUUUGUCUGGUAGCAUGAGAACAAUGCUUAGAGCAAAUCAAGAAGGUCAUCAUUUAUUGGCCAAGCAAACUGAUUUGACAAAGAUUGGCAACCAGAUGGUGCGAGCACCAAAUUCAAAGUAUGCAGAAGACACAGAAGUUUCCUCUGCUAACCUUGCUUCAGGGAAGCAGCAAGGUGCUUAUGCAAAGGUUCAUGGAGGGAUGGUGGUUCCAGCUGGUGCAUCUUCAAUUUCCGAACCAGUUUUCUCAAGUUCAAUGCAAUAUGGUGGUGCAUUUGAGCGUGAGGGGGGAAGUUCAACCACUUUAACUGAUGGACAUAAAAUAGCUCAGAUUGGCAGGCAAAAUAGUGGGUCAGAAAUGACCAUGCUUAGACAAGGUGUUCCUCCUAGAGAUACAGGAAAAUCCACUGUUUCUGCCAUGCCUUUCAAAGAACAGCAGUUAAAACAGCUUCGAGCUCAGUGCCUUGUUUUUCUAGCAUUUAGAAAUGGUUUGGCACCAAAGAAACUGCAUCUUGAAAUUGCACUUGGAACUGCCUUUUCUAGAGAAGAUGGUUCUCGCAAAGAUCUAAUUGACCACAAAGGAAAAUCACAAUCUUUUAAUGAACUGGGUAACACAUCUGGGGUCAUGAUGCCAUUUGGAGGUCCAAGCAAUGUGAGACAGACAGAUAAAAACCCUUCAGGGUCCUCUUCAGCUGGCAAAAUUAUUGAGGCUGACCCUUUGUCAAAGGGAACUGAGAGCCCAAGAAUGUUGGAGGACAAAGGUAACCUGCAAGUCACAAAAAGAGGAGAGGUUGAAAGACGAAUUCAAGAAAGAGUGGCUGGACAAGCUUCUUCAGCCACUUCAUCUCAGCAGCAAGAAUCUUCUGGUACAAAGGGUGCAGUAGUUGGUAAUAAUCAUUUGGAUGAUGUUGACAAUGGUAAUCUGCUGGUAGGAAGGUCUAACCAACCUUCUGUUGUAGGCCUGAAUAGCUGGGCUGGUUUUUCUGGUUCUAAUGAGGCUUCAAAGGGACCUCCACCGAUGUCUACUAUUCAACAUGAGUUGCCUUUAGAAAGAAGAGAGAAUAUUCCUAGUCAGUUUCAAAAUGUUGGUAACAAUUGUGGUUCAAGAAAUCACAAUUCUGUAAAUCCCUUGGCUUCUUAUUCUUUAAAAGAGCACUGGAAACCUGUUCCAGGGACAGACAAUGAUCUUCAUGGAGCAAGCAUGAUGAAGGAUGGAAGUGUGAUGAUGAAACAUGUUUCUCAAGAGCAAGAGGGGAACGAGAGGUUGGUAUCAGGCGAUUUACCACCUCCCAAAUAUACAAUGUCAGAGAAAUGGAUUAUGGAUCAGCAGAGAAAGAGGCUUCUAGUUGAGCAAAAUUGGGUACAAAAACAGCAAAAAACAAAGCAAAGAAUGGCUACAUGUUUUCACAAGUUAAAGGAAAAUGUGAACUCCUCUGAAGAUAUUUCUGCCAAAACCAAAAGUGUCAUUGAGUUGAAAAAACUUCAAUUAUUAGAGCUCCAGCGUCGUCUUCGGAGUGAUUUUCUGAAUGAUUUUUUCAAACCAAUUGCAACCGAGAUGGAACAUUUGAAAUCAAUUAAGAAACAUAGGCAUGGUAGGAGGGUCAAACAACUUGAAAGGUUUGAACAGAAAAUGAAGGAAGAGCGUCAGAAACGAAUUCGGGAGAGGCAGAAGGAGUUUUUCAGCGAGAUAGAGGUUCACAAGGAAAAACUUGAUGAUGUAUUCAAAAUCAAGAGGGAACGGUGGAAGGGUUUCAAUAGAUAUGUGAAGGAGUUCCAUAAAAGAAAAGAACGUAUUCAUCGUGAGAAGAUUGAUAGAAUCCAGCGGGAAAAGAUUAAUCUGCUGAAAAUAAAUGACGUGGAGGGCUAUCUUCGAAUGGUGCAAGAUGCAAAAUCAGAUCGUGUAAAGCAACUACUUAAAGAGACUGAGAAGUAUCUUCAAAAGCUUGGUUCCAAGCUACAGGAAGCAAAGGCUGCAGCAGGACGUUUUGGGCUGGAUGUUGAUGACACAGGAAAUGUCAAUUUUCUUGAGAACAGUGAAACAGAAAAUGAGGAUGAAAGUGAUCAGGCAAAGCAUUAUAUGGAAAGCAAUGAGAAGUAUUAUAAGAUGGCUCACAGUAUAAAGGAGAGCAUUGCAGAGCAGCCAUCUUGUUUGCAGGGAGGAAAAUUGAGGGAAUAUCAAAUGAAUGGCCUGAGGUGGUUGGUUUCCCUAUACAACAAUCAUUUGAAUGGAAUUCUGGCUGAUGAAAUGGGACUGGGUAAAACAGUGCAGGUUAUUUCUUUAAUUUGCUACCUGAUGGAAACAAAAAAUGAUAGAGGACCAUUUCUUGUGGUGGUGCCCUCUUCAGUUCUACCUGGUUGGGAGUCAGAAAUAAACUUCUGGGCUCCUGGUGUUCAUAAAAUUGUCUAUGCUGGACCGCCAGAGGAGAGACGUCGGUUAUUCAAGGAAAGGAUUGUUCAUCAGAAAUUCAAUGUCCUUUUGACGACAUAUGAAUAUUUGAUGAACAAGCAUGAUAGACCAAAGUUGAGCAAAAUACAUUGGCACUAUAUAAUAAUUGAUGAAGGCCACCGUAUAAAGAAUGCUUCUUGCAAGUUAAAUGCUGACUUGAAACACUAUCAGAGCUCUCACAGAUUGCUGUUAACUGGAACACCAUUGCAGAACAAUCUUGAAGAACUAUGGGCACUCCUUAACUUUUUGUUACCAAACAUAUUCAAUUCAUCAGAGGACUUCUCUCAAUGGUUUAACAAGCCAUUUGAGAGUACUGGAGAUAACUCACCUGAUGAAGCCUUAUUGUCGGAGGAGGAGAAUCUCUUGAUCAUAAAUCGUCUGCACCAAGUUUUGAGACCAUUUGUACUUCGGAGGCUGAAACACAAGGUUGAAAAUGAGCUGCCUGAGAAGAUUGAGAGACUAAUAAGAUGUGAGGCUUCUUCAUAUCAAAAACUUUUGAUGAAGAGAGUAGAAGAAAAUCUUGGUUCUAUUGGCUCUUCAAGGGCUCGAUCAGUACACAACUCUGUCAUGGAGCUUCGUAAUAUAUGCAAUCAUCCGUACCUUAGCCAGCUUCAUGCUGAGGAGGUGGAUAACUUCAUACCUAAACAUUAUCUGCCACCAAUUAUUAGACUUUGUGGGAAGCUUGAGAUGUUGGACCGCUUAUUACCAAAAUUGAAGGCAACAGAUCAUCGGGUUCUUUUCUUUUCAACAAUGACUAGGCUUCUUGAUGUUAUGGAGGACUACUUAACCUUAAAACAGUAUCGGUACCUCCGGUUGGAUGGGCAUACAUCAGGAAGUGAUCGUGGUGCUCUUAUUGAACUGUUUAACCGACCUGAUUCGGCAUAUUUUAUUUUCUUACUCAGCAUUCGAGCUGGUGGUGUUGGCGUGAAUCUUCAAGCUGCUGACACAGUGAUCUUAUUUGACACUGACUGGAAUCCACAGGUUGAUCUGCAAGCUCAGGCACGGGCUCACAGAAUUGGUCAAAAGCGUGAUGUUCUAGUUCUUCGCUUUGAAACAGUUCAAACCGUUGAAGAACAAGUCAGGGCUUCAGCUGAGCACAAACUUGGUGUUGCUAAUCAGAGCAUUACUGCUGGUUUUUUUGAUAAUAAUACAAGUGCUGAAGAUCGAAGAGAAUACCUGGAAUCCCUUCUGCGUGAGUGUAAGAAAGAAGAAGUUGCACCUGUUUUGGAUGAUGAUGCUCUAAAUGAUCUCUUAGCCCGCAGUGAAACAGAGUUAGAUGUAUUCGAGGCUGUUGACAAAAAAAGGAAGGAAGAUGAGCUGGCUAUAUGGAAGAAAUUGGUGCUUGGACAGGCAACUGAUGGCUCUGAUCUUCUUCCUCCACUUCCUUCUCGUCUUGUCUCUGAUGAAGACCUGAAGCAGUUCUAUGAAGCAAUGAAGAUAUCUGAUGUGCCUAAGGCUGAGGUAGAAUCAAAUGGGGUAAAGCGAAAGGGAGGAUAUCUUGGGGGCCUUGAUACUCAACAAUAUGGCAGGGGGAAGCGUGCAAGAGAGGUACGUUCCUAUGAAGAGCAAUGGACAGAGGAGGAGUUUGAGAAGAUGUGUCAGGUUGAAUCUCCAGGUUCACCCAAAGUAAAAGAUGUGGCAGAGAUGAGCUAUCCAACUAAUACUUCCAGCUCUGUUGUAUCUAUUUCUAACUCACAACCUGUGGUUGUGCCUCCAGUUGUCCCAAUAGUGCCAUCUGUGGAGAGUUUGCCAGUGCAGCAAGUUAAAGAGAUAACCCCACCAGCCAAACGUGGGCGAGGAAGACCUAAAAGAAUAACUUCAGAUAAAUCACCAGCAGUGGUGGUCCCUCCAGCAACUUCUGGAGCUGUUGAAAUAGACACGCAAUUACAAAAAGGAGUUGGAUCUGGACAUUUAACAUCAACUCCUGAUUCUGUGGCUCACUCUGCUGAAGUUAUAGGUGUGAAUGCACCCGUGCAGCAUGCUGCUGAUACAGGAGUUGCUCCAAAUUCACAGCCUGCCAUUCCUAUGCCUACUAUUCUGCCCAAUUCUCAGGCAUCUCCUGUUUCUGUUUCCAUACCUAUUCAAGGAAGAGGACAAGGUCGGAAAAGUCAUAAUGGUGGAGAAGCAAUUAGACGUAGAGGUAAGAAGAAGCAGGUUAUGAUUUCACCUCCUAUCCCUGGUGGUUCUGUUGGUCCUGAUUUGAAGGUGAACGAGCAACUGGAAGAUAAAUUAGUGAGUCCUUCUUCAGGUCAAGCUAUCUCCCAGAGUGAAGCUGUUCCCAGCUUAGCUGCUGUACCCCAUCCACCUACCAUUUCAGGUUCUGCUUCUUUGAACAGUGGGAAGGAUAAUUUUGGUGUUGGAAUUGUUUUAAAUUCUCAGGCACCCCCUCCUUCGCCUUCUAAUGCUGCUUUAGCUCAAACUGCCCCCACUUAUCCAUCCGUACAGAUACAAAGUAAAGGACAAAAUCAGAAACCACAGAAUGGAGCUGGAGUUUCCCGGCGUAGGGGGAAAAAACCAGCAACAAUAUCAGCUCCAGUUCCAGAUGUUUUACAUCAGGAUUCGCAUCAAACUUCUAAUUUACCAAUUUCAUCUGGCAGUAUAUCAGGUGAUAAUGCCACUGAAGUAAAAAGCUUGCAAGAGAACAAUUUUCAAGAAUCAAAAUGUUCUAUCCAGGAUAAAACAUCACAGAGCCUAAGUGACCAGGAUUUAAAAUCAAUGGCAGGAUCAGAUGAUUCUGCCAAGCAGACGGUGAUAUUGUCUCCAUCUCAAGAUUGUACCAUCAAAUCUCCAGAGCAAGAUUUUGAGAAGGUUAAGAAUCCUGAUGUUCAUGAUUCUUCUGUGAAGGUUGGUAAUUCUUCUGAAAUCACCUCAUCAAAAAAUGAAGUUUGCAAUGACUCUGGGGAUGGGAGUUCAUUUGUCACAACAUUGCCUGUUGCUGAAGUAACAAAGGAUCAACCUUCCAGUGGCCAAACUCAUCAUCAAACUGUUGAAACUUCAAAAACCUUACCUUCAAUUGUUGGUACUCCCACUAAUUCCUUGGCUGGUAGUGAAACUACAGAAAGCAUUAGUAAGUCUUUAGAUCCUGUGACUCCAAAGAUUGUCCCUAGUACAGUAGGCACUACUUAUCCUUCCGUACCAGGCUCUGAAUCUACUCAUCCAGGCUCAAUUGAAUCCAUGCCAGCCAAAAGACAAGGUCGUAAAACUCAGAAUAGAGUGGAGCCACCACGGCGAAGGGGGAAAAAAUCUGCUACAGUGUUAGCAGUUGUUCCUGAUGCUAUUCCUGCUCAGGAUCCUAAGUUAAGUCAUCAGGCACCAAAUUCAUCAGGGGAUUCUUUGGUUGGUAAAGCCACUACAAAUGUUACUCAAACCCAAGCAUUUGAGAUCCUUUUACCCAGUGGAGUAGUUAGUCAUGAUUCAAAAAGAAAAGAGAGAGCUACCAAUUCUACCCAAAAUAAGCAACCGAAAGUUGCAUCAACAAGGACUAAUGGGGUGCCUAUAUCCUCAGAUAAGAUUGCUGCUUUUGGCCGAAUUAAUAAUGUCAAUGAUGUUGCACGGGCAAUGAAGGAAGUUUUCUCUGGAACUUGCUUGCCAAAGCCUAAAGCUGACGAUUCUGCUCGGAGUGAAGAUAGGAACACACCUUUUGUACAUGCAACCACUAAAGCUACUGUGGGUGCCUCCAAUAACCAGAGUUUGGGGGAUAAAGUAUGUUCUGAUGUAGCAACUACUGGGGCCACAUGUCUUACUUCAAAUUUUGCUGUGAAUGUUCCUGAAAAACAGUCAGAAGUGGCAUCCAAUAUGCAGGAUCUGGAGGGACAAGCAAGUUUAGAUAUGCAAUCUACUGGAGAACUGAACCUGAAAUGUGAUGAUAAAGAAAAGGCUGAGCUGACACAGCAAUUUGUUGAAAGCUCAACUAUGCAGGGUAAAACAGAAGCUCUUGAUCCAACUCCUAAUGCUGCCUCAAGUUUUGGCCCCACUGAUUUAAAUAGUGAGACUUCUAGCCGUGAGAUGUGUUCAUCUAUGGUCACUUCUGGUGCUGAACCUCUUGUGGUAAUUGACGAUAAACUUGGAAACCAAUCUGAAUCUCCAGAGAAUUGUUCAAGAUCUCCCGUUGCUGUUGGUGGUACAGGAUGCCCAUCAACUCCAUUGGAACCAAAAACUUUAAGUAAUAAUCCUGAAAUCAAUCAGGCUGAUACCUGCGCUCAUAGUCAUCCAUCAACAAGCAAACCUGACAUUACAGAACGCAUUUCUAAUGAACAAUUGGAGCCUUCAGAACCAUCUCUAAAAUUCUCAUCUCUUGCCUGUUGUGAUGAGUCUGGGUUAUUGGUUCAGACUGAAAAUUUGGGUGAUCAAGCACAAGUGACCCCAUCUAGUCCUGCAACAGAUCCUCAGCCAACAAUAAAGAGAGUUUCUAGUAUUUCUGAACAUACUGAAAUUAAUUCUAAAAGUGAGACCGAGUCUUCUUUAAAAGUUUCUGCUGAAAACACUCUGGAUGAGGGGAUUGUUCGGCAGAAAGUUUCUGCAUCAACUGACCAUGAUAGAGAUAUUACUGCAGAGCCUCUGAACUUGAGCUUGGAUGCUCCUCCUGGUUUGGUGGAGCCUGAGAAUCAGAUUACAUUUGGACAAAAUACUCAAACAGCAUUAGAUCCCUCCAUGAAACAGUGUUCAGAAUCAGUUUCUGAAGUGGAAGGUCCUGUGGACCUUAAAUCUGUUCAUGUUCAGAAGCAUCCAGAUGCAUUUGAACCUGCUGAUUUGCAUGGUACUUCAUUGACUGAGAGCCACUCAGAACCUCUCUGUGAGGAGAAAAGGGAUGAAGUAUGUGAACAGCUUCAGUCUUGUGUUGCUAAACCUAUUAAUAUUGACCCUGUUUCCCAAGAAAAUAUAGUAUUACCCAAUCCUAUUGACAAUCUGAAGGCUGAUUUGUCUGAGGCCUGCCAUAUGGAAAUGGACACAUCUGACAGGGUAGUGUUGCAACAACCUUCUGGUUUGGAAGCUGUAGUGAAUGAUUCAGUGGGUGUUUCUGGUGUUGGCAGUCUUGUUGAUGAAACUACAUCUGAAGCUGCAGUCCUGUCCUCAUUGACCUUGGUAAAAGAGCAUAACAAGGGCUCAUCUGUAACAUGUCUAGUUAGGAGUUCAGAACCUUUGGAAGAGUCAGUGGAGAAGGGGGAAGCUAACAACUCUGGAGUCCAUGGGGAAGCUAAAGUUGAUAAAGUGGAAACUGAUGUUCAAAUGGAUUCAUCCACUAGUCAGAUUUUGCCGGUAAAGCAAAAUGUGAAUUUGCCCUCCUGCUUAAUGACAAAAGAAGAAAACAUCGAAGGCUCAUCCAUGAGGGGCAUAUCUAUCAGUUCAUCUUCGUCACAUGAGUUAAAAGACUCUAAAAUUGAACUAGGUGAUAAACAUACAUCUCAGGUUGAUGAUUCUCAUGCUGCAUCUGGAGAUAAUACAUUGAAGAACUUGGAUUUACCUUCCUCUGCUUCGGCGUGGAAGGAAGAAGGGAUCAGUUGUACAUCUGAUAAUGAUGGUUCUGAAGGCCAUUCAAAGUCUCUGAGGGUACCAGUCUGCUCUAAUGACUUGUUUGGUAAAUUGGAUGUUCAUCAAGCUGAUCAAUUGAUAAUUGUACCAGAUGCCGCCCAGCCUUCAUUACCCCAAGUGAAAGAGGAAGAAAAGAUUGGGGUAUCAUCUGACAGUAAAUUAGUUGGGGGGUCUGCGUCUGAGAUUGACACGAAUGGAUCUGAUGCUGAUCAUAGCAACUGUUCUGAUAGAUUGCAAUCUGGCCUUGUGCCAGAAAAUAGAGAGUUGGAAAUCAAUAAAAUGUCUUCAGAUUCCCCAAUGACUGCCAGCCACUCUGUGGAGAGUCAACUGUUUGUAAAAGAUGAAAAUUCAGUUGUUAAAAUUAGUGAUCAAAUGGAUGCUUCUCGGGUUUCUGAGAAUGGUCCAGAAAGGCUUACUUCCAAAAACAUGGAUGUGCCUUCUUGCUCACAUAUGGAGGGAGAUAAUGUUGAUAUGUCAUAUCACAAGGGCCCUCUCUGUAGUCCCCUAGCUCCAGGAGAAUCAGGAGAUCCAAAUUGUGGGAAUGGCACCAAGGAACCGGUUUCAAAUCCAUUUCCACAACAGAAAUCAGAAGGUUCUGAAGCUGCGAUGGUUGAUGAAAUGAAAACAUCUGAUGUUGGCAUGGUUGAUCCAGGACUGGUGUCUGAAAACAUGAAAUUACCUUCUUCGUUAGGGAUGGAGCAAGAUAAAGCUGUUGUAUCAUAUGAUAGCCCACUGACUGGUGCAGAACCAAAACAUUGUUUGACAGGAGAGGAUUAUGGUGAUGCUAAUGAGGAAUCAAAUCCUUCAGAGGCUGAGAUUGGUAAUCAAAUGGAUAACUAUGACAUUUCUGGGGUUAAUACACAGAGACUUUCAUCAAGUAGCAUUAUUGUGCCAUCUGAGAUUGAGAUGUCAUCUGAGAUGGGUCCACUCUGCAGUGUGCUAGCAUCAGGGAAACCAGAAGAUUGUUUAACUGGAGAGGAGAGUUGUAAAGAUGCCACUGAGGGUCCCUUUACGAAUCCAGUCCUGCUGCAGGAAUCAAUUAAUUCCGAAGCUGGAAUGGCUAAUCAAAGUGAGACUAAGGUUGAUGGGAUAUCUGUGGAUGAAGGGUCUAGACAUUUAGCUGUGUCUAUCACAGCAUCAGAGGGAGAAAACAAGGUGGAGACCUUGUCUGAUGAAGGUCCACUAGGAAGCUUUGAUGCACCGGAUGAAUCAAGAGAAUUUGCUGACAUUGAGGAUAAGACAGAUGAUAAAAGCUGUGCUACUGAGAUGGAAAAUGUCUCUGAAGUCCCAAAUUCCUCAGUAUCAUUCGAUAAGGUGGAAGACUCAAGUAAUAUAGGUACAGUUGGCAGCGAAGCAAGAAUGGAGGUAUCAGAAGAAUCUGAAGUUGUUACAGGAGAUGGAGUUGAUGGUACUCCAAGUUGUUUGGUUGUGCUUGAAACUGUGUCAAUUGGUGGGGUUUCAUCAGCAGCAGGGAGUGAACCUCUGCAGAGCUUGUCCGAGAAGGAUUUAGGUGGCAACUCUGUAGCAAAACCUGACACUGAAGAAUCUGAAGCUGGUGCUGCUGACCAGGAUAAUCAAGUGGUGCAAGAAAAUGCAUUGGAAGACAUGGAACAUGUGGAGAACUUGCCUGAGAAAGAUUUAGUUGACAACACUGUUGCAGAACUCAACACGAAAGAAUCUGAAGCUGUUGUUAGUAGCCCGGAAAAUCAAGUUGUGCAGGAAAAUGAAUUGAAAGACUUUGAAAAAUCCCCUCCUUCAGCAGCAGAGGGUUCCUCUGAAAAGGGUGUUAGUGCCUGCCCAGAAAUACAGCAGGAAUCAAAAGAAUGUGAAGUUGAGGAAGGAAAGAACAUUGUUGCAGACUCAGAAGAGGUUGUAAAUGAAAAGGAAAAGGAGAAGACCUUGGAUGAGAAAGAGUUGGGUGAGAGUUCAGAGGAAGGAAAAGCCCAAGAAUCUGAAACCAAGUAAUGAAAUCUGGCCUUGUAUAUAAUAUUUACAUCAUAUGUAGGGAAUAUUUUGUAUAUAUAUGUUGUAAUUCCUUUGAAAUCAUGUUGGUUAUCCUAUUUCUUGAUGUUGGGAUAUGAUUAUGUGGUCCAACAUCUGUCUAAUUGUUGGUUACUUGCUAUCGUUUGUUGAAACGGUAUCACAACACAUCAUUUUGAACAGGACAUCUGAAGGUUACGCUCAACAUUUUUUUUCUUUCCUUUUCUCUUGUGCUGAAAAAACGUGAGAGUUGGAAUUGGUUGACAGUAUAUGACAAAGGAGGACUGUGUCCUCUAUAUUUACUCAUAACAUAGCGCCUU